UGGACGUGCCGGAGUGGUUAUCGGGCAUGACUAGAAAUCAUGUGGGCUUUGCCCGCGCAGGUUCGAAUCCUGCCGUUCACGUUUUUAACAUUUUUAUUGUUAUUAUUUAUACUGUUAAUCUGUUAAUAUGAACUGUUCUAUUGGCCCAGCUAAACUGAGUAACGUAACGUACUUGUAUACUCAUCAUGUGUUUUUUCCUAAUGUUAGAAAUCAAUUGUUGUCAACUUUAGGAAUAGUUGUGCAUAAUUAAUGGUUUGCCUAUUUAAUAUAUUUAUACAUAUAUGCCUACAAUCUACAUAUGCAUCUAUGUCAAUGAAGAAGUAUAAACUUGUAUUCUAACAAUAAAAUACUUUAAAUGUGCAAAACAUUAUGCUUAAUUUCAGUUUAAUUGUAUUGCGUUAGAUCGUACAAGACAAAUGAUCGUAUUAAUAUAUAUAUGGAUAAAGCAGGAGGUUAUAUAUGUAGCCAAAUGCUUCCUAAUGAUGUUAUCAUUCCAACUAUAUAUUAAUCAAAACUUAGGUGAAUAUAUAUACAUCAAAUACAAUUUUACGAAAUGUUCUUAUAAUAUAUAUUAAUAUAUAUAUACACACACCAAUAUCUCAAAUGAAACACAUGCAAAGAGUCUUCAUACACGAUGCUUAGUCCAAACAAUCAUGAGUUCGAUCAAACUUCUAAAGCCAAAGUUCCCUUCUCAUGGGAGCUAAAACCUGGAAUUUCAAGAAGAAAGAACAGAAGUGGCCGUGAUCUGCUACAAUGUAAGCUUACGCCGCCUCCAUGCCCUGAUGCUGACUAUAGUGAGGAAGUGUUGCAUAGUCCUCUUGUUGUGUGUCCUUUCACGCCUACUAACUCGAGAUCAAGUUUGUCAAGUUUUAGGAAGAAAAACGUUGACCCUUUUCUUGAAGCUUACAGGAAAUGUUUAGAGAAUAGUCCGAUUCGCAUCUCUUCUUCCAUGGGAAGAAACGUUCGAGGUGAUCAUCAAGAUUGUUACGCCAAGGACAAGAAGAAGUCUCUUAUGUUAUGGCUGUGGAGUAAAUAUUCUUGCAAAUUUGGUACUGAUGGCUGGAGUUCGGUCUCUCGAUUCCGUAGAUCCAAGAAGAGAAUUGAUUCCACCAAGUAAACAUAUUUUGAUCUAGUUACUAGAAGUUUCACAAAAAAAUAUUAUUGUUCAUUAAAGACAAUAUUAUAGUGAAAUGUUAAUGUGGGAACAGAACAGUACUACGUGCAUGUUUAAUACAUCUUUUGUCUUUCAAUGAAAUACUAUUAAGUUUCAUUCAAGAAUGAACCUUAGAUUUAAAUGGCUAAGUAUGCAUGCACGUUAAUAGUCUUGAAACAAUGUUAGACCGUUUCGUACUUUCAUUAUGUGAAUUGUAUAAACUUUUGGUAUGCGACUCUUCCGCAAAUACUUGUAAAACCUACAGUUUCUAGUAUGACCGGAUAUGAACUUAGUGGCGUGCUGUCUAAGUUAAAGCUUACGAAGAGAUGUUUACAUAGUGUCAUCACUGUUUUUGCCCGAUCUUCUCUCAUAUCAAGAUGUUCAUAUUACUCAGUGAUCAUUAUAAUCAAAACGAAAGAGGGAUGAGUUUAACCUUAUCUCCACGGAGACGGAGAAAAUAAUAAUAAUGAGAUUAUAUAUUAAGAAAAAAAAGUAACAAAGACAGGAUCUUCUCAUCCAAAUCCAUACUAAAAAUAAUAAAAACCAAAUCCGUACUAAAAUAAAAGCAGUACGCCCUCAAAGACGUGGUCUUACACUUAGGUGCGGAUAGUUUUGUCCAUGUUUUAUCAUGGCCAAUUCUCUUUGAGCAAUAUUCAAACUGAGUUGAAGGUGUUGAAGACGACGUUGGAGGCAGCGAAUUAUACCAACGCACCCAUAAACUGGGUCCCGGAUACGUGCUUCUGCCUCGAAACAUAGCGAGUCCACGCAAGCUUGCCUCUGGCUAGGAUCAAUCUCAUUGAGAAUUCUUACCACAUUUUUUAUGCCAUACACAUAACCUAAGAAAGCGUAUUUCUCAGGUUUGUUAGCCGGCAAGUAGGGUGUUAGCACACACUUUUUUGUGCACUUUUGCCUCUUCUCUUUACAUAUCCCGCAGGAUUCCAUCCGUGGCUAAUAGAGAUAGAAAAAAUAGAAUAUCUCUAUUAGCAAUCAACCAAACUUGGAAAAAAAAACUAAAACCUCUAAAUCUCCAAAACCCUAAAUAUUCUAUAGCAACCCAGUUGUAUUAUUGAAAAACAAUUAAAAUAUAUGGUAUAAACAGUAAGUAAUAAAAGUAACCAACCUGAUUAUACAUGUUAGUAUGAAUAACUUUCUCUGUUCAGGAAAAGAAAGAGGUAAAGAAAGACAGACACACCUUAAGAAUAUGUAUUAUAUAUGGGAAUUUGUGAGCCGGUUCAUUCUUUUUCCAUAUUGUAAUUUUUUUUUAUAUUGAGCGAUUAGAGGGCAAUUUUAUCGGCCACAAAACUAUAAGCUGAUUUUUAUGGAUUAGACCGGUUAAGGUCGGUUAAGUCAGCAAUAUAAGCCCAUUUAAGGCCCACUGCAACGAGUCGGUCCACGAGUGGGCGUCAAGCAGAAUAGAAAAAAAUAAAAAUAAAAAUAAAAAGAAAAAGAAAAAGCCGUGCCCGUCUCUCUCUCUCUCUCUCUCUCUCCUCUUUCUAAAAUUCCUUUGGCUGCAGCAAAGCAAGGCGGUCUCUCACUUUCACUCUAUAAAUAUCUUCUUCUCCAUCCUCCUCAUCCUUCUUUCCAUUUUCGCCGUCACUCGAACACCUCUCAUUGAUUCCGCAGAUUGUUCAUUUCUUUUCCCUUCCGUAGUUUUUUUCGUCAGGUGUAAUGUGAAAGAUUACUUCUUUGAGCCAUCAAUGUUUGGAAGUUACCAAUUUCUACAAUCUGAAUAUAUAUUUCUCAUUUGGUUGUAUAGAAGCACUUUAGUGACGACGUGUGAAGGAUCUGGUUCUGUAUUUGUGGAGUCAGAGAAGAACAUGAGCUCUCAAGUCAGGAGAGAUAGGCGUCAUCAGAGUUCUCAGCAAACUUGGGUUCCUAGAGGUGCUUCUACCUCCGUGGCGGUUGUAAAUGAGCCUUCACAUCCUCCUGCUAAUAAUACAGCCGGAGUUUCUGAAAGUCUUGUCGCUGGUGCUGCAUCACGUCCUGUUUAUCCACAAAGGCAGCAUAACGGUUCUGUUCGUCCGCCUUAUAAUCAGCACCAAAGGAACAAUAAUGUUGCUGCUCCACCUCCACAUAAUCGACAGAGAAGAAACAAUAAUGCUCCGGGAGCAACUCUGCCUGAUGAUAAUCGUCAACGAGUUGGGUCUAGGACCAGGCCUGUGUAUCAGGGGAAAAGGGUAGCUAAGGAGGAUAACAUUGCGUUGACAAACCCGAACUUGCCUCAGCUUGUUCAAGAGAUACAAGAGAAGCUGGUGAAGAGUUCUAUUGAGUGUAUGAUUUGUUACGACAAGGUUGGGAGGGCUGCGAAUAUAUGGUCUUGCUCCAGCUGUUACUCCAUCUUCCAUAUGCAUUGUAUCAAGAAAUGGGCUCGAGCACCAACUUCUAUUGAUUUGUUGGCUGAGAAAAACCAAGGUGAUAAUUGGAGGUGUCCUGGUUGCCAAUCUGUGCAGUUGACGUCGUCAAGAGAGAUAUGUUAUCGGUGCUUUUGUGGGAAGAGGAAAGAUCCACCCGCUGAUCCAUAUCUGACUCCACACUCAUGCGGAGAGCCAUGUGGGAAGCCGCUGGAGAAAGAGUUAUUUGCAGGAGCUGAGACGACCAGUGAGGAUCUUUGUCCUCAUAUCUGUGUGUUGCAGUGUCAUCCUGGUCCUUGUCCUCCUUGUAAGGCGUUUGCUCCACCUCGUAGUUGUCCUUGUGGUAAAAAGACGAUUCAUACUAGAUGCUCUGAGCGGAGAUCUCUUCUUGUUUGUGGGCAGCGUUGCGAGAAGCUUCUCAACUGUGGGCGUCAUCAGUGUGAAAAGACAUGUCACGUUGGCCCUUGUGAUCCUUGUCAGGUACUAGUAAAUGCCACAUGUUUCUGCAAGAAAAAAGUGGAGACUGUUAUUUGCGGAGAUAUGAAUGUGAAGGGAGAAUUGAAAGCUGAAUCUGGUGUGUAUUCGUGCAAUUUGAACUGUGGGAAGCCACUUGGAUGUGGUAAUCAUUUCUGUUCCGAGGUUUGCCACCCUGGACCUUGUGGCGACUGUGACUUACUGCCCGGUAGAGUUAAGACGUGCUAUUGUGGGAAAACGCGUCUAGAAGAACAGACCAGGCAGAGUUGCUUGGACCCAAUUCCUUUUUGCUCAAACAUAUGCAGUAAGCUUCUUCCUUGUGGAUUACAUACUUGCAACGAGGUGUGCCAUUCAGGUGAUUGCCCUCCUUGUUUAGUGCAAGUCAACCAGAAAUGCCGGUGUGGGUCGACAUCCAGGACUGUGGAAUGCUACAUAACAACUUCUUCAGAGACGGAUAAGUUUGUGUGUUCUAAACCAUGUGGGCGUAAGAAGAACUGUGGGAGACAUAGAUGUAGUGAGCGUUGCUGCCCUCUCUUGAACGCGAAGAAGAAUGAUCUAUCCGGUAAUUGGGACGAACACGUAUGCCAAUUACCUUGUGGGAAGAAGCUAAGGUGCGGGCAGCAUUCCUGUGAAUCUUUGUGCCAUAGUGGCCAUUGCCCUCCUUGCCUCGAGAUGAUAUUCACUGAUCUAACAUGUGCGUGUGGAAAUACUUCGAUUCCUCCACCACUACCAUGCGGGACGCCUGUUCCUAGCUGCCAGCUUCCGUGCUCCAUUCCUCAGCCUUGUGGCCAUUCUGCUACGCAUGGAUGCCAUUUUGGAGAUUGCCCUCCUUGUUCUGCCCCAGUGGAAAAGAAAUGCGUUGGUGGUCACGUGGUUCUGAGAAACAUACCUUGUGGGCUGAAAGACAUCAGAUGUAACAAGAUUUGUGGAAAGACGAGGCGUUGUGGUAUGCAUGCUUGUGCCAGAACUUGUCACCCGGAGGCAUGUGACACUUACAGUGAAUCUGAAGCAGGACUGCGUGUUACAUGUGGACAGACUUGUAGUGCUCCUAGAAGAGAUUGCAGGCAUACUUGUGCAGCUCUCUGCCAUCCUUCGCAGCCUUGCCCUGACUCAAGAUGUGAAUUUCCAGUAACAAUUACAUGUUCGUGUGGUCGCAUAACCGCUACUGUCCCUUGCGAUGCGGGAGGAGGAAGUACCAGCAAUCUUAGUGUUGAUUCUAUCUAUGAAGCCUCUGUUUUGCAGAAGCUUCCAACCACGCUUCAGCCUGCUGAGUCGAGCGGAAACAGAAUCCCCCUCGGGCAGCGAAAGCUUUCGUGUGAUGAUGAGUGUGCUAAGCAGGAGCGUAAGCGGGUUCUUCAAGACGCGUUUGAUAUCACUCCCCCAAAUCUGGACUCUUUACAUUUCAGCGAGAAUGCUGCUAUGACAGAGAUUAUUUCGGACAUCUACAGGCGUGAUCCGAAGUGGGUACUGGCUGUUGAAGAGCGCUUCAAGUUCUUGGUACUUGGGAAAGCCAGAGGAAGCACAAGUGCCCUUAAGGUCCAUGUCUUCUGCCCAAUGCAAAAGGAUAAACGAGACACAGUUCGACUUCUAGCUGAGAGAUGGAAACUUGCGGUUAGCAAUGCAGGGUGGGAGCCAAAACGAUUUACAGUGGUCCACGUAACACAAAAGUCAAAAACGCCAACACGAAUCAUUGGAGCUAGGGGUGGCGCUAUCUCGCUAGGUGGGCCUCACCCACCGUCCUUCGAUCCGCUGGUGGAUAUGGAUCCAAGGCUUGUGGUUUCUUUAUUGGAUCUCCCGAGGGAGGCGAAUAUCAGCGCUUUAGUACUAAGAUUUGGAGGUGAAUGUGAGCUUGUUUGGCUGAAUGACAAGAACGCUUUGGCCGUGUUCCACGACCAUGCCCGAGCCGCCACUGCCAUGAGGAGGCUGGACCAUGGUUCUGUAUACCAUGGAGCAGUGGUCGUCCAGAACGGUCCGCAAUCUCCAUCACUCGGUGGUAAUGCAUGGGGAAAACUACCUAGCAGCUCAUCCUGGGAUGUACAGAAAGCAAAUCCAUGGAAGAAAGCAGUGAUUCAGGAGAGUGAUGAGAACUGGGGAGCUGAUGAUUCCCCCAUUGGAGGAUCAUCCACAGAUAUUCAAGCCGCUGCGUGGAGAUCAGCAACGAGCAACACUCCAGUGGUUACUUCGGUUAACCGUUGGAGUGUACUGGAGCCAGAGAAGCCCAACACGUCCGCUUUGCAGCCAUUGGUUCAGACAGAAGGGAGCAGCAGUUCAAAAGCUGCAGGUAAACAACCGGUGGAAGGCUCAAGCGAAGAAGUGGUGGAUGAUUGGGAGAAGGUAUGCGAGUGAGAAUAUAUGAGAAGUGCCUCUCAUUUUCUACUUCUUUUGCUUAGUAUAAAGACGUCAGGUUGCUCAGUCGUGUAUGAUAUAAUUUUAGACCGUAUGCGUGUACUGUGAUGAGCUUGGGUCUGUGCCUAGUUGGGAGCAUAGGUGAUAGACAACGAGGUGCCGUUUAGUUUUGGCAUCUUUGACGUUUAAUUGGUUCAUAUAUACUACAAAACUAUCUGAAUGUUUGAAGCUAUUGUGAAACGGCAUUUUUUUUUUUUAUUGUAGUUGAAAAAUUAAGGCUUUUUCCUA